AUGGCCCAAGACAUGCAGAGCGCUGUUCUGGAGGUUGGGCUGCUGGGAGCUGAAGCCGUGGAGGAGGAAACGGAGAUGAUGGCCGCCUCGCGGACCUCAAAGAGCCGGAGGAUUGAUUUGGCUCUACUGGCCGUAGGACUGUGUGCUGCUUCUGCCAUCUUCUUCACAAUCCACAACCAGAAACGAGAGAUCACAGAGGGUAGUGAAGAUUUGAAACACAAUUUGAGACAAAUCUCUAAAAGACACAGUGGGACCAACCAAAUGGCCAUUCAUUUAGAAGGAGAAAAGGGUGACAACACUGUGACAUGGAGUGUCGACACCAACCAGGCCUUCGAAAGGGGCCUGAAACUGGUGGACAAUGAGAUCGUUAUUCCCAAGAAGGGCAUGUACUUCGUCUACAACCAGGUGUCCUUCCGCAUCCGCAACUGUGGCCCCGACCAGGACCAGCUGAGCCAAGCAGUUAUGCGCAAGUCGAAGGUGUUCGACGGAAGGCGACCGCUGCUGCGUACGACGUGCUCCAGCUGCGAGCGCAUGUCGGCCCAGGAGGACGAGUACUGGUACGGCGCCAUCAACCUGGGAGCCGCCUUCAGCCUGGAGGAGGGCGACCAGCUGAGCACCAUCACGGAGCCCUUGGCCUCCGUGGAAGAUGAGAGUGGGAAGACCUUCUUUGGAGUGUUUGCUCUCUAA